AUGCCCCUAACGGGGCUAUAUCUUUGGUCUGUUGUGGCUGGAGCAGCGGUAGUUGCUUCACUCAUCGUGCUGCUUCUGGCGCUCUCAUGCAUAUUUUGGGAGCGCUUCGUCAGCAUCAUGGAGGGCCUUAGUCGUGCCGAUGCGGCAUUGUUCAAUCGGGAUGCCUCUCCUGCUCCCUCCCCUGAUCCUGACACCGCCCCUCCAGCUGCCCCCUCUCCCGCUCCUUGUUGCAGUGCCGCCCCUGCUCAGCCCGCUGCUGAGCUUAUCCCAAUUUUUAAAAAAUUGCUAAUCAACGCUUAA